UGGAGAAUAUUCUUCAUUUAUAAAUAUUAUGAUAGAAAAACAAUCUCUAAAGUGGUUAUUCAAUUUAAGCGAUCAAUGGAGCUGAAAAUGAGCUUGAACAGAAGCCAGCUGUUGCAUAGCAACAACUACUUUGGAAACACAGUCCUUCGCUUGAACAUGAAGUUAAUAAAUCGCUUAUGGAGAAGGUCACGAUGUGCAACAGUGAAAUUGAAGACGCAUCUCACGCUGAAAAUCUUUUUUAUUAUACUCAUAUGCUUAAUAAUUUUACUUGUCUUAAGCUUUGAUAUUUACGUAGCACCAUUAAAAAUAAAUGCCCUUUAUCAUCAAAGUAUCAAUCAAAAAUUGAAAUACAAAGUUUUUAAAUACUUUGAGAAGAAUGUAUCGCAUAAUGGAAGCAAUAAAUAUAAUGAUUCGGAGCAUGAAGAAUAUCAUAAGUUUCUUCUCGAAGCAAGACACAAUGUGACAUUUUUCUUUUUUAAUAAUUCAAACACGUUUCUUCAACUUUUUAAAACAUGGCUAGAAACUCGAAAUAAUCCAGAACCAUUAGAAAUUUUCUUUACCAUCAACCAUCAACAUGUAUGUAAAAAUAAAGGAAAAUAUUUGACUCUUUUGAUUGCAGUGACAUCAUCAGCAUCCCAUUUGGAAUCAAGAGCAGCCAUCAGAGAAACCUGGGGUAAUUUUGCGAAAACAAAAGGACUCAAAGUAGUCUUUUUUGUAGGUUUGCCAAUAAAUCCAAAAUAUGAUUCACGUAUCUCCAAUGAAAAUUCAAAAUUCCAAGAUAUCAUACAAGGUAAAUUUGUGGAUACAUACUCUAAUUUGACAAUCAAAACAAUUUCUAUACUCAAAUGGAUUGCCAAUGUAUGCUCACAAGUGAAAUACAUUUUAAAGGUAGAUGAUGAUAUGUUUAUCAAUGUAGAAAAUUUUUUGAACAUAACAGAGACACAAAAUUAUUCCAAAACUAUUCUUGGGGAAUUGGCACAUGAAUGGCCACCUGUAAGAAGUCACCGAAACAAAUGGUACACUUCAUAUAAUGAUUAUCCUUUUAAUGUUUAUCCUGAUUUUGUGUUUGGACCUUCUUAUCUACUAACUGGCGAUUCAGUUAGUUCUUUAUAUGAGGAGAGUAUUAAAAUGAAAUUAUUUCAUUUAGAAGAUGUUUAUAUAACCGGUAUUGUUGCAGAAAAAAUAAAAGUAAAAAGAAUUAAUCUUUCACAAAUGUAUAAUACUGUCAGAGAUUUACAACCGUGUCAUUUUAAAAGGUUGUUAAGCAGUCACGGUCAUACACCUCCAGAUAUAAGAAGACAUUGGCUGUGGUUAAGAAGAAAAAAUUUUGAAUGUGAUUCGUAG